AUGCUGAUCAUACUCUUUCAAACAAGCUUUGUUGACCGUCGCGUCAAUUCAUCGACAUUACUUAUCAUUGAGGAUGAUCAUUAUGGCGAGCAACCGCACAUAUACGUCAAAAUAUACCCAGACUAUCUCCUGAUCGCUGAUACUGGUUGCAACACGCCUCGCUCAAACAAGCCAUCUCUCACUUCCCUUCGCCAGUACCUCGAGACUUAUCCCCUUCCCUCGAACAAUAAUCAAAUUUUGAAUCCAGAUGGGCAGAAGAAGUAUAUCAUCCUCUGCUCGCACUGCCAUUACGACCAUAUUCUCGGCAUUCCUCAGUUUCUCCCUGCAAAUCCGGUAAUCAUCGCCUCCGACUUUGAAAAGUCCUUUCUCCUCGAGAAUUUCCCAACGCACUCGCUUUGCAAAUUCAAAGAUGUCCAGACCCCGAAAUAUACGAUCUCCCAUUGGGCGAGACAUCUGGAGUUCUUCAUGCUCUCAGGGGUCCCUUUUCGGAUUCAAUUUCUCCAUAUUCCUGGCCACACACCGGACUCCUUGGGCUGGUAUGAUAUCGAUGAACACCAUCUCUACGUUGGCGACACAUUCUAUGAGAGAAAAAGAAGCACUCGAAUCCCUGAACUUCCUGACGGCGGAGGACAAGUGCCAGGUUUACCCGCUACGCAGGCUGCAAUUAUUUUCCCCGAGGAAGGAGGUGACUGGAUCCAAUUCAUGUCGUCCCUUGAUCUCCUUCUUUCAUUUGUCCUACACAAGAAUUCCGAGUUGAGACGUCAGCAUGGUCUGAGCCACGAAGCAACGCCAAGAGUCAAAGUCGGUUGCAGCCAUUUAACAUAUAAUGCGGAUGCCGAACACAUGAUUAUCGAGGUGCGAGCACUCUUCGAGAGGAUCAUCGCAGGCAAGGUUCCGGUGACGAACAGCGGUGAGAGUAGAGGAGUUAUUCAUGACUUCUGGCUAGAAAGUGAAACUUCGAAGUACAGUGUUAUGGCUCCUCGACAUCUAGCGGAGGAGGCAAGAAGACAUUUCCAUCCGGUUAGCUAA